AUGAACGUGGCUGAAGCGAAAUCAGAGCUGAAGCGGCUGCUGAGCAGGCUGAGGCCGGCUGAACUCACGCAGCUGCUGGGCUGGAUGAAGAACUCAGGUAAACACGCUGCACGUGUGGCGUGGGCUUCGUGGAACGAGGCAGUGUUAGUGGAGACAGGUCUGAGCUUCAUGAUGUUAAUGGAGAGAGGUGUGGUGAUGAUGAGGAUGACGAGGAAGCUUUGGUACGUGUUCCAGAUGCAGCGGCGGUCACGGCCGACGGUUCACGUGGAUGGCUUCCUGUACGACGACGAGCAGGUGGACUCCCUGUGUGAACGGGGGCUGAUGAGCCGCAACUACUGCCUCAGCUGUGGAUCCCACAGGACUGCACCUCUGGGUGGGAGCACAUCACCACUGCUCACCUUUGUUCAGGUCUACAUGUUUAGCAGCUCGGGACCUGCUGUGGAUGAUAGUGGGGAGGGGGUUAGCGGGCAGCAGGCGCUAAACGUGGCUGCCCCUCCGGUGCGGGGCGAGGCCGCCGUUGCCCUGGCUGAGGCUGUGCCUCCGGCACGUGGUGAAACUGCCCUAUCUAAAGAGAACGCUGCGCCCUCGGUGCGAGGUGAGGUCGGCGUUUCUCCCGCGGACGCUACGGCAUUGGUGUGGAGUGAGGUGAGUGAUUGCAUGACUACAACCAAGCCGACAGAGAGGCUGGACCUGCGUUUGGUCAGCAGGAUAAUGCCUGUCUUCAUUCUAAAAGGCAAGAGCUUAACCAUUUUUUACAUGAGGGCUAAAGGAGCUUUGGUUCGAGCACGUUUCACCAGGCUCCAGGACAUGGACGCUCCAACCACGUUUUUCUUUAAUUUGGGGAAGUCUGUGGUUCACAGGAAGCAGAUGGUGUGUCUUCAGCUUUCGGAUGGAAGAGUGACCACGGAUCCGGCUGAGAUGAGACGGCAUGCAGUGGCCUUUUACACGGACUUGUUUAGUGCGGAUGGCUGUGAUGUGGACUCUGCUUCGGACCUUCUGCAGGGGCUUCAUCUGCUGAGCCCAGGGGAUCUGGACGUUUUGAACAGGGAUAUGACCUUGGAUGAGCUGUCUGCGGCGGUGUCUCAGAAGGCUUCAGGCAAAGCUCCAGGAAUAGAUGGUUUACCAUCAGGCUUUUUUAAGCACUUCUGGAGUCUUCUGGGUCGGGACCUGCUGGACGUGUUUAAGGAGUGUUUUGUAGGAGGGAUACUUGCAGCUUCCUGCAGGCGUGCAGUUAUCUCUCUCAUACCAAAGAAGGGAGAUUUAACCCUUCUUCGGAACUGGAGACCAGCGGCCCUUUUAUGUGCAGACUACAAGAUUCUCUCCAAGGUUUUAUCGAACAGACUGAAAAUGGUCAUUGACCUGCUGAUUGGUUUGGAUCAAUCUUACUGUAUUCCGGAUCAGUCUGUGAUUGAUAACUUGUUUUUGAUGAGAGAUGUGUUUGAUAUUUGUGAAGUGUACAAUGCUAAAGUCGGCAUCGUUUCUCUUGAUCAGGAGAAGGCUUUCGACCGUGUGGACCAUGAUUUUCUGUUUUCCACCUUGGAGACCUUUGGUGUUGGGCGGGGGUUUCUGACUUGGGUGAAGCUGCUGUAUAGCGAUGCUUGCUGUGUUGUGAAGAGGACAUUAGAACGACUGUCCUUCUUCCUAAUAAGUGGAGCUGUACAGACUUGCAGGAGGAUUUUCCAGGAACACGAGCAGACGCUCAGGCUCUUUCUUUUUCACCUGUGUGUGUGUGUGUGUGUGUGUGUGUGUGUGUGUAUUCAGGGGUACGUGUACAGCUCAGCGUCCCGGCUGCUCGGCCUGGAGAUCAGCGAGGGUUUCGUCAGGCUGCAGGACUCCAUGCUGCACAAAUACAAGCUGACUGACAGAGUUCAGGUCCUCCAGGCUGAUGUCUGCACGCAGGAUGUUCUGCUGCAAAACGCAGAUGUUGUUGUCAUGAAUAACGUCUUUGAGUACUUCAUGGAGCCCGAGCAACAGGUCAGGGCAUGGAAGUUCAUCGUGCAGAAUUUCCGGAAGAAGGGAUCUCUGCUGGUCACUGUUCCCAGCCUGCACGAGAGUCUGAAUCCCCUGCAGGAGGUGUUGCAGCCUGACUGGGUGGAGGAGCUUCCUAUCAACUACGACGUCUACCUGGGCAGAGACACAGACCCCGACGCUCUCAGACAGAUCCACCUGUACAGGGUCAUCUGAUCUGGACUGGACCCGUUUGUCCCUGAUCUCAGUUGAAAUCGUCUUGGCUAAUUGAUACUCUGAACUGGUCAGAAGUGAGCUCGUUAAAUCCAAACCCAGUUAAUGAAACCCAUGAUCUGGUUUAAACUGGUUAGGAGGGGUUGAAAUUAUCUGGGUUGGAGCUGGACUCUUCCUUCCCUGGUCUGCAUAUCAAAGAAACUCAGGCUUUGUCUCGUUAAUUGAGUUGCACUUGCAAAAUACUAUGUUAAUAUUAAUGUUAAUAUUAUAUGUCAGUUAAUUCAGCGUUGACUAAAUGUGUCCUUUACUAUAAAGGCAACACGUAACCAAUCACAAACAUGGACAGAUGAGCGUGGCAACAUGAUGUCAAAAUGAGGCUUUCUCUAGUAAAUCCUCAUAUUGAGUCACAAUGAGACUACCUGACUAUCCCAGCAGAAAACUCAAUAAAUACAACUUUCCACACACCAAGGCCGACACGAUGCUUCAGAAAAACUGUCUGACUGGUCGUAAGGUGGGGCAUCGUGUAAUGUUAGUGUAUCCUGCUCAGGUUAGAGAUACAGAAUAAUCAGUGUGAACAUACCACGAGUAACAUGAUCACAAAGGUGCACCGUGCUGCCACUCUGGUCAUGUGUAAUGUUUUCUUGGAUGUGCCUGUUCACACCAAUCUUUAAAUGAGAAGGUUUGUCAUUUCUAAAUGUGGCAUUCAAAGGAGGCGGCCAAACAUCCCUGCAGAGGUUGGAGUCUUUCAGAAACAACAAUGUAUGGAAAGUGCGACCAUCAGAAAACUGAUGGUGCAAGUGGUGGGUUGAAGUCAGAAUGUAGAAAUGCACUGCAAGGAGUCAAACUCCAGUGUCCUGACACUUCUCCAUGUGUCCCUGCUGCAACACACGUUCCUCUGGCAUUUCUUUAUAUACAAAUGAUAUCGAAUUUAAAAAACCUUCAGAUAUUAAAUAAAGCAGGUGUGGCGCAU